AUGGGUAGGAUCGGAACUUUACCCGACGAGAUCCUAACCCACAUUCUCUCAUUUCUUCCCACCACACAAGCCAUUGCCACAAGCAUUCUUUCAAAGAGAUGGAUUCAUCUAUGGCGUCAUGUUCCUCUUCUUCAUUUCAGCGACACAAGAUUGAAAAACCUAGCAGACAAUUAUCGCUUCAACAAAUUCGUCUACGAAAUUCUACUCCUCCGAGAAGCCGCCGGUAAUCAAUCCAUCAACAGUUUCUUCCUCGACAUUGAAUAUUUUUACCCUAAACUCGCUUUUUGUCCCAGCAAUCCCAAUAUCCAAAAUUGGGUAGAUUAUGCGGUUGAAUGCAAUGUUCAACAUCUUAAUCUCUAUCUCGAUGUUCUUCGUAAUGUGGGUAAACAUCGAAAAUUCCCUAAAUUGCCUGUUAGUGUAUUCAAUUGUAGAACCCUAGUUUCUCUCAAGCUUCAUUGGUUCCAUGUGGAGGAAUUUUUUUGCUUUGAUUUUGUCGGAUUUCCAUCACUUAAAGUGCUUCAUUUGAAAGAAAUCUACUUUGAUGAAUAUGAAGAAUUUCUUUUGCUUCUAGCUGGUUGUCCUGUUCUUGAAGAUUUACAUGUAUUUGAUGUCAAUUUUGGCUGUUUGAAAACUCUUCUUGAGUUUGAUAAUGUCUUUAAAAGCUCAAGCUUAAGCAAUUUGACUAGAGCAUAUAUUAGAGGCUGCUGUUGUGAUUUUUGGUUGAAAGCACUCUCAAAUCUGAAGUUUCUGAGCAUUGAUUUUUUGAAGGGCGGUCACCCUAAUAUUUUCCCUAUCUUCCAUAAUUUGACCCAUUUGGAGCUUAACUAUGAUUGGUAUAGAGUUGUGGAAGUGCUCCAACACUGCCCUAAGCUUCAGAAGUUUGACUUUCAUCAGAAGUUACCAAGUGGAUCAGAUGAGUACUCUAUAGAUCCAGAAUUUGUUCCAUGUUGCCUUUCAUCAAACCUUACAACUUGCACUCUUUGGGGCUUUUCAAUCACAAGUUUACAAGGUGAGUUAAUGGUAGCAAGAUAUAUUCUUAAGAAUGCAGCUGUUUUACAAACCAUGAUAAUUUGGUGCGUCGGGGAAAGAUCACCUGAAUUAGAAAAAAAUUUGUCCGCAUGCCCUAGGGCCUCUGCAACAUGCCGACUUUCAUUUAAUUGA